GGGAAGGGUUGGUCAAAGAUGCCCCCACCCACAUCCAGCUUCCCUCCCUGUUGUGGAUGAAACCGGAGAGGGGCCCCUAGAGUAGGCUGUGGGGCCAGUAUGAUCCCUGAAUUCCUCUGCCUCUUCUGCUUUGGGCUGUGUGCUGGCCAAGGAAGCAUAACGACUGAUGACUCCUUUCCCAAGCCCUCCCUCACAGCCUGGCCCAGCUCGGUGAUGCCUCCCAAGAGUAAUGUGACCCUGCAGUGUCAGACUUCUACCAAGAAUGUCAACUUUGCUCUCAGAAAGGGAAAACAUGUUUUGGAGUCCGUACAAUCACAGUAUUCAUCAGUGGGCCUGGCUGAAUUCCGCCUCACUGACCUAAAAACGUCCAAUGCUGGAGAGUACACCUGUGAGUACUACAGACAAGGGCUCCCGUACGUAAGCUCACAGCCCAGUGACGUCCUCCUACUGCUAGUGACAGGAGAUUUCCGUAAACCUUCCCUCCAAGCCCACCGAAGGGGUGAGGCGACCGCAGGAGACACUGUGACCCUGCAGUGCCAGAGGCCAGACAAUGUUUUUGGGCCUGUAAUGUUCGCUCUACUUAAGGCGGGAGCAGCGGGGCCCAUACAGGUCCGGACUCCAGCAGGGAAGGAGACAGACUUCUCCCUCCAGACUGUGACAGUCAGUGACACCGGGAACUAUAGCUGCGUGUACUUCCUGAUGAAGGCCCCUUUCUGGGCCUCGCACCCAAGUGAUCGUCUCGAGGUCCGGGUGACAGGUGAGGCGUACAGAAGAGGAAAUGUCAUCUUGUCCUGGAGCGGCUCUCAGCAGAGGAUGGAGCUCAUCGUGUGGCACCCUAAAACAGAUCUCAAGAGCAGACCGUGCUUCUCCCCUGUCCCACACAACACCGUCCCACACAACAGCUGCGUGUGUAGGAUACUCCAACACUGGCUACACACUGGGCUCCCCAGGGGACUGUGGAAACUCCCAGCACAGAUGGUGACAUCAAGCAAGGUGGUGGGCUGUGGGGGCCCCAGUGCUCACGUCCCCCACAAAAACAAGAACAAUUAAAAAACACAGCUACAAAUGGAUGGAAAUAGCUCUGGGAAAUCUCUGGACUGCAGCGGAAAAGCAGCAGAAAUGCUGAGAGCUCAAAAAGCAGGUGUGGCCACGGAGAGAUGCGAAGAUAGCCUUUGACCUGCAGGCCUGCAUCCCCCAGUCCAGAGCAGCUGGGCACCCGGGGGGAGACCCCUCGGAGGGGUUGCACCCCUCGGGGGAAGGGAGGGCAGAAGAAUCCCAGCAAGCCUCAUGGUGUUCACCCAACACUGGUCCCAGCUGCCAGUGGCCCACAGUCUCAGCCACUGGGGUUCGUGGGACUGGAGCUGUCGCUGCCGUGGGACCUGCCACCAGGAGCCCCAGCUGCUGCUGUGCCCUGUCAUCCUAGGGCCUGUGCCGCUGCUUUGUCCCCCUCCUCCGAGGCCGGUGCCAGAGACCCAGACUGCUGCCCAUGGGAGACCUGCACGCACCCACAUGUCAGACGCUCCUGCAUCUGCUUUCAGGGCAAAGGCUCCGCCACCGCCAGACCAGAAAGGCCGCGAGAGCCCACCACUCCCUCAGACGUGCCCAUAUCAUGUAUCGAAGCAGUGCCACCAGAAGCAGCAGGAAAAAGCCAGCAGACAACGUCAGGGAACGCGGUAAUUUUCAGGAGCGGACUCCAAGCAGAGAACUCUAAGUUACCGGAGAAAGAAUUUAAAAUAGUGAUUUUAAGGACGCUCCCCAGCAUUCAAAAGAACACACGUUAGCAACUCUGGAACUCAGGAAAGCGAGGCAUGGAGGAGAGACGUUGGGCAAGAAGCAAGACCCCUGGCCGGACAGAGCCUGGUCUCUGUGCAUCCGAGCGCCGGGGCCUAGAGCCUUGUCCCUCCUGCCCCAUCCCUGCAGACAGGCGGUGCCCCCAGGCAGACCCUUCCGCGCUGUAGUGACCCUGCUGGGCGGGCAGGGUGUGCGCCAUUUCGGCUGUUGCCCUAACUCUGUGUAAAGGUGGAGGACACGCACCACACUUGGAGCAAAGUGAGCAGACAGGCAGUGAGAACGGGGCCUCCGUGCCCACUGUGAAGGCUUAGAGAAGGUGCAGGCUGCUCUUUGCCCAGAGCUGGUUGAGGAUCAGAGUGGAGGAGGGAUUGAGGAGUGAGAGUCUAGUUCAUAUCGGUUGAAAGAAGGUUCUCAGCAUCGUGAAGCAGGUCUUACGGGAUUCCCACAGGAACUUGGGGCCCUGGACCUGCCAUCUCCUGCCUGAGGACCAUGCAGGGUUCUGAAGCAUCCAGACCUCUUCAGUUCCUGCCUCCUCAACAGCUGCCCUCCUCACCCCUGCAGACACUGCUGGGGGGACCCGGGACCCUCUACUGCCUCCCGAGUGGGGUAUCCCUCUGAGGCUCGAGGGCUUCACCCAAGCGUGGUUGGAGGAGCGUGCUGGUGGGAUACACACUUGACCAGCUGGCUUCUUACCUAACUGGGAUCUCAUGUCAGCUGUGCACGUCACCUACACAGUGAUAAGAGAGACCAUUCUCAGAAGUCUUAUCUCACAAGGGGAGAUAAGAUAAGGCCUGGGAGCCUGAUAACAGAGGCACACGUUCUGUCAAGGACAGAAGACAACAGGGACCUGCCGUCUUCACUGACCGAUGAUGGUGAGUUCUCCGUGAGCGAUUUCCAGCAGAAAUAGCACUGAGCCAGUGAGGGGAGGGAUGAUGGAAGGAUUCAUUCCCCCAUGGAAGUAACCGUGAUCUUCCCGUGCAUACACAGGCUCUAAUCGCUGGGAUGGCCCUGCAGAUGGUCCUGAUUAUCCUCACUGUAUGAUAAGGAAGUCAGGCCCCAGCUCCUUGUGAUGUAUUUCAAGUGCAGUCACCCGGCGUGAGCAGGAGCGCAGACUCCAGAACACACUCGGGGUUCACUCCUGUCCUGGAAACACAGGUGGGCGGCUUACGAUGCAGACCCGCUCCACCUUCCCAGGACGGGGCUCUUGAUCUAGUCUAGAGUACUGGAAUCAGAGGGAUGUGUGGAAGACAGAGCUAGGCCGUGGCGACCACGCCCACCCCCCUUGUGGACACCAGGCUUUCGUGGUGCCUACACACGGACAUCCUGAGAUGCACUUCCUCCCCGCACGUGUUUGAACCACUCCUGUGUCACCCCCUUAGAUCCCCCACUCUACGGCUGUGCCCCCCCGAGGGUAUUUACACUCUGAUGACCCCAUGCGCACAUUCCUCGUAACACCCCACUAUGACCGGGGCAGAAACAGCAGUGGUUUUGGACCCAGACAUGCCUGCGUUGGGAUGCUGACUUUUCUGCUCCUUGUCUGUGUGGCCGUGAGCAGGAACCCGCAGCUCUUUGUCUCAGGGUCCUCCUGUCUUCUGCGGCCCUGAUUCCCUUCACAAAGGAUACUUUGCCUUGCUCAGAGUGGUAUUUCCCACAGCAUGAGAUAGGAACCAUAGGUGCUCUGUGGGAUGAUUUUAGGGCAUGCAGGGACCUAGCGUUCUGUAGUACUGAUGACAGCAUCAGAAAGUUACCUCAGUCGGGUUAAGCCCUUGAGAUCACACCAAGGAUAAAGGCUCAGUUUGGGAUGGGCACCUCUUGUCUUGCGAAUCACUCUUCUAACCAGAAGUGAGCCAUCCUGAGCUCAGAACCUUGGCCAGCAACUGCUCAGGGCUAGAAAUCCUGACAUUCUCUUCCUGUCCCUUCUGCAUACACUUACAGAAACCUUCUAUUUUUAGUAAGUGAAUCUAGAUUACUGUUGAAAGUCUUGGCUGGAAGUGUCCAUCCUCCAAUAAAUGCACUUAAAUAAAAAACACCAAGUCGCUAAAAAUAAAAUGUGAAGUAAAGUAGAGGCAAUGUAGGCGCAGAGCACAGUCAUGGAUAUGGAAUGUAAAAUUUUAAACGUUGACAUCAUUUGUCAGAGGAAGCCUGUCUAAAGCCGCCAGCAGGGCCCUGACGCCUGUGAGCUGUGAAUGAAGGCAAGCGGAUGGUAUUCCUUUCCAGCUUCGUUACCUUCCGUAGGUCUCUCAGUCCACCCGCAUCUAGAAUCCGAGUAUACGCAGCCCAAGGAACUUACCAAAGCAGGGGAGGGAGAAGAACGUAGGGAUCAUACUGGCCCCACAGCCUGCUCUAGGGGCCCUGCUUCAGUGUUGCAAGCAUGGGAGGGAGGGGAGCCCCCUUGGUGGCAUCUCUGGCCAGCCUUCCCCUUCCUUCCUCUCCUGUGACCCGUGGGUUUCAUGACUUACCCACAUCCCUGUGGUGAGAACCAGGUGGUGUGCAUGAACCGCCCCACCAGCAACCGCUUCUUUUGUCAAAUCCUCCUCUGAACACACUCAGGCACAGGUCCCAAUUCUAACUUAGAAAAGCCUGGGGGACCAGAGGAUUCUCUUUGAGGAAACAGAGGCAGGUUGAUAGUGGGAAUGUUGCCGAUUCCCUGAUGCGUGGGAAAGAUGCCGGACACCGGGAUGAACUGAGGUUAUUAGCACUGCUGGAGAAGUUUUUGAUUGGCUGUAGUGAGACACUUCAUCAACAUCCUUACAAAGUCCGUGAAACACCGCCACCUGUCCGCCCAGACACACCCACAAGGGUCUUCCGUCAUGGAAGGUUUUUAUCUGCACAGUUAUUGAUGAAACAAAAAUAUUAGGCGAAAGAAGCUGGAAGAAUGUGAUUAGCCAAUUUGACCUAGUUAAUAUUUUUGGAAUCCUGCUACACCCAGCAAUUACAGAACGUACAUUAUUUUCAAGGUCACAUGGAGCAUUUACCAAAAUAGGUAUGUGCACUGUUCCAAAGCGAGAAGGAAGGAAAGCAGAAGGAAGGGAGGGUUUGUGUGUCUCCGAGUGAGAGUUCUAGAUCCUAGUUUAAUAUGUAUUUAGGAGAUUGGAGCCUGCGGUGCAUACCUUGGAUUUAACGGUGGUUUAAACAUGUCUGUAUAUUCUUUUCUAUUCGUCACAUCAAAAGUUAGAGUCAACUUGAACGUGGGCCAUGUUUUAGUGGCUUGUUUCUAAUGACUGGAAUGCAGGAAAGUGUGAAGGGAAGGGUGAACUCAGCUGGCCUGCCUUGCUUAAACACUGCGUGUUACUAAGAAAAGCCUGUCUUCUCCUCGGGGCUUACCUUGGCAGCUCCUGGGGGAUGGGCUCUGAGGCUCGGGAAUAUGCUGCCCGGUGAGUGCAGCAGACAGUGUGGUGUCCCCUCUACCGUGCUGCACAGAAUCUCUGUAGCUGAUCCCAUGCUCUGAGAGAAGGGGAUUUUUUUAGGAAAUCGUUAGGGAAAGUGAAGAAGCAUUAAACAUCCGUCUAACGAGACAAAAUGGUGUGCCUCUUGCUAGGAGGUAGUGAGAACCCAAGAUCAUGUUUGUGAAGGUCCUGUUGAAGACGCACGGAUAUGUGAGGAGAAAGCAGACUAACCCAACUGAGCCCCGUUCUGCAAGGUCACUGGCCUGUAAUCUCAGGUUCUGAAAAUCAAGGGAAGAGCGUUCAGGAGUGAAGAAGAUGGAACGUGGCCGCUAAGUUCAACAUGAGACCCUGAGUUGGGUCAUCUCGCUGCAAAAGGAGGUCGUGGGACGAUCGGCAGAAUUCGGAUGGGCUCCGACCACGAGAAGGCAGCUGUGGAUCGGUGUCCAGUCCUGACUCAGGUGUCCUGCGGUCGUAGGAGAGAACCCCUGUAUUCCCAGGGAUCACACAUCAGAGUGGAUGUGGGAGCCUCACUGUAACUCACUCUUGGUUGGUUUGCAAGUCAGAAGGCUUUCCUGCUAUACUUGGAAACUGUGGGUUUGAAGUUGCUACACAGUGAAAUAUCUACAAAGUGCAUCUUUCUUUAAAAAGAUGUUGUUUAGGGGCGCCUGGGUGGCACAGCGGUUGGGCGUCUGCCUUCGGCUCAGGGCGUGAUCCUGGCGUUAUGGGAUUGAGCCCCACAUCAGGCUCUUCC